AGAUAUCUGCUCAGCCCCGGGGCUCCCCUGCCUCUGCUCCCACCCCGUUGCUUGUGCAGGCUUCUUGCUGACCAGGCCUGGGAAAAAAGCAGCAGGAUGAAAUUCAAGCACAGGCUGGAAGCAAUGCGAGGCAGGCUCUUUGGGCGCCCUGGCACCAGUGAGCAGGAGGUUUCCCUUGGGGAGGUGACGGUGGAAGAGGAUGAGAGCAGCUGCUUGCUACCCAAGAGCCCCGGGCUGGGCAGGCUGUUCCCCGUGUCCCACCUCCGCGAUGUCCUGUCCUUCUCCGCUGAAGACCCAGACACCGACGACGCGUGCCUGGGGAAAUGGCAGCGUCUCGAGCCACCCCUGGGCACCUGGAGCUCCUGCGUCCGGUACGUGGCCUUCAGCUGGAACCUCCUGUUCUCCAUCCUGGGCUUGCUGACCCUGGCGGUCGGGGUCUGGGGGCUCCUGGACAAGGAGUCGCUGCUGGGCGAGCGCGUCGGGCUCCUGGGCACGGACCCCAUGCUCUUCCUGGCCCUAGUGGGGCUGGCGGUCAGCACGCUGUCCCUGGCGGGCUGCGCGGGGGCCCUCUACGCCAACGUCUGCCUCCUCAAGUUCUUCACUGGGGGCGUCCUCACCUUCAUGGCCAUGGAGCUCCUGGGCGGGCUGCUGCUGUACGCCCUGAGGCACCGGAUCAAGGACUCGCUGCGGGACACCAUGUUGCUGGCCGUGCUGCGAUAUCAGGACGACCUGGACCUGCGGUUCCUCAUGGAUGAAAUCCAGACGGGCUUGCAGUGCUGUGGGGUGGAGUCCUACCGGGAUUGGGAGACCAACCUGUAUUUUAACUGCAGCUCUCCCGGCGUCCAAGCCUGUGGCGUUCCAGCUUCCUGCUGCCUGGAGCCUCUGGGAAACGGGACCAUUGCCAACUCGCAGUGUGGCUUCGGGACCCUGGGCACAGCGGCCUCCGUGGCUGCAGGCACCAUCUCCCUUGGGGGCUGCCUGCCCCAGGUGACACGGUGGCUCAACAGCCACGUGGGGGUGAUCGGAUCCUACUUCGCCUGCCUGCUGGCCGUAGAGGUUGGAAGCUUGUUGCUGGCCACCAAACUGCUGGUGGACGUGGCUCUCGCUCAUGCGGCGAUCCAGACAACCCGCGGCACGAGCCCAGACCCCGGACUCACGGGGGAGAUGGGAACUUGACUAGCUCUGCACAAGCUGACGCUGAACCUGAGGAUCUUCAAGCCUUACCUACCCCGAAUGCUCUGGGGUACGAGCCCUUCUCUCUGGAUAAUUGCAGAGAAUGGCCUUUUAGCCUGUUGUGUGGAAGGGGGCUUUGCUCUGCUUGCACAGCUCCUCCGCUUUCUGAAUAAACCUAUGGACUGAUUCAAGGACUCGUGCUGUCUGGUGGGGGGUGCUUUCUCAUUUUCCCUGACUCCACUUACCCUGGGUCCUUGCAGCAGUGGUGCUGGGAGCUGGGCUCUGCCUGCUGGGAUGAACUCCUUUCUUCCAGAGUCUGAGCUUCCUUGCAAAAGGAGAUGCCCUGUCCCUCUAUGCCCUUGGCAGCAUGUGGGAUGGCAGUACCCCAGCACCCUGGCUGAAGGAGCAUAGCUGGCGGAUGGGGGUGCCUAAAUGCCCAAGGGGUGAGGCUUCCCCUGUUUGAGGGAACAGCUGUGCUGCCUCCAGCGGGAGGGUGGGGCUGACUCUCUCAUUCCCUGGCCACAACAUGGUCUGGUGGGGAGGGUCUCCCUUUUGCCCUGCUGUCUGGGGCCCCCAAGAGCAGUCCCAAAUGCACCAGCUCUGCUGAUGGCCUGGCUCCUGUCUCAGGCCUCAAAGCAAGCUGUUGUGAGCAGGGCCAGACUCUAUGGAGAAGCUGAUGCUGUAGCACUUUACCCCCAGACACUCAGCCCUGCCCUGGUGCAACCGCCAGCGAGGUCAUGUUUACCCAGAAAGGCACUGCAGGGUCCUGGCAAUGACCCCCAGCUCAGGCAUGCCCAGGCUGUUGGGCUUUGAGUCCAGGACUGCUCCAGCCACUGGUUGUCUAUGGACCAGGUGUACUGCUUAUGCACAGAGCUAAGCUGCUCUUCCCUUCUUUCCCCCAGGUGCAAAUAACUUUUCCAGAACCACAGCU